AUGCUUGAAGCAAAAGAAUGCAACGCCCAAUUUGAAGAUCCACCGACUCAAGCGCCGCCUGAUCGCCAGUGUCCUAUCCUUCCUUCCUCGGAACCAUGCAGGAGAAAUACGCCACCCCAAAACUGUGACCGAAUGUUGCUGCAGGAACCUUUCACAGCUCCCAUCAAGCUGAUGGACACUAUCGAUAGCCAUCAUCAUCAGCUUUCCCGGUACGAUCCACACAAUGAAUGCUUUUCGUAUUCUCAGCUCCUCAACGAUAUUGUCCAUCAUCGUAUCGACCCCGAAAUCACAAAGUUGCUGCUCCGUAGCAAGCUUUAUCACGACAAACGUCUAGCCAGGGAAGCCUACUUGAAUCUGCAGCUUUUAAACAAUCAACGCAAUCAUCAUCACCAUCCUUCACCAAAGUACGCGCAGACCGAUAAUAUCGGUUGUUUCGGUGAUUCUCCCGACCCUGCCUCUUUUGGUCAUUCAACUUCCACCACGGAUUCAUACGAAACCCAGGAUUCAUAUGCAGCCUCACCAGUUCAUAGUUGGAGCCAAUCUUCGUUUAUCUAAAAAGCCGUCUAUUCAACCCUAUCGCUGUAUUCUUUUAUACUAUAUACAGAUCCUCACUACACUAAUUGGUCGCUAUGAAGAUUUCGGUUAUAUGCAAAUGAAGGUUAAAAAAAAAAGUGAGCGAUCCGCAUUUGAUAUCCUCC